AUGUCUAUCGAUGACUGGAACGACCUGGGACAAGUCAUUGCUUUAAUCCUGGAGGUAACAGCAGGAGUACUGUUCAAUAUCUUUAUUAUAUCUAUCAUCUUCUAUGACUUCUACAGAGAGAAAAACAUGGGCAGCAGCAAUAAAAUCUUAGUGUCCCUCUGCAUCUCCAAUGUGAUCUACAACAUUCUGGUAUUUGCCGGUUUACUGGAUGAGUUUGUUGACCUUCGAGUCCCGUCCACAUUUUGCUUGUCCUCUGUGUACAUCGUAUUACUGUUCUUCAGCGUCAGUUCUUGUGCAUGGCUUACCGCCAGCCUCGGAACCUUCUACUUCAUCAAGAUAUCCCAGGUUGGACUUCUUGGUUGGGUGAAGAUCCACAUCAGCUCCAUUGUUCCUUGGAUGUUGUUGGUGCUUGAAGUCGUGUCAUUCAUCAACAGCUUCUUCAGCAGCUUCCUUCUCAUCUCUUAUCCGACCAGCUCCCGAAACGUCACAGAGAGUCCUUCAUCUGUCUUGAGGGUCCUGGCAAGGAACAAGUCAGAGUUUAUUAAUGGCGUCCUAGCUGUUACCUCCAUACCAUUAAUUGUGGCUGUCAUCUCCACCAUUUGCACUGUAUGGACACUGAAACGGCACUGGCAGAAGAUGAAGGGCAGUAAGGCAACACAGGACAGCGAGCGCCUGAUGGCAUAUUUACGGGUGGUUUGUAGAAUGUCUAAUUUACUUAUGUUCUAUGGAGUCUUCUAUGCUUUGGUGUUGGUUUUUUUUUUUUCUGUUGUUGAUAGAAUGAAGUCUGGAUUAUGGAUAACUCUGCUGCUCAUGUCCUCCUUCACCCCUGUACAAUCCGUCCUCCUCAUUUUCAGUAACCCCAGACUUCAAGGUGCCUGGAAGAAGAUGAUAUGUUAUGAUACAUUCUUCAGGUUCCUAUGUGGAAGCAAUAAAGGAUGA